AUGAAGGAGGAGGCGGAGGAAGAAGAAGCUGGUGGUGUAGAGGCUCGCGGUUUCAUAUUCGGUCCACCCAUCGCAUUAGCCAUUGGAGCAAAAUUCGUUCCCCUUCGUAAACCCAAAAAAUUGCCCGGUGAAAUAAUAUUUGAAGAGUAUGAGCUGGAGUACGGAAGUGACCGGCUGGAGAUGCACGUCGGUGCUGUGGGUUCCGGUGAUCGAGCAUUAGUCGUUGAUGAUCUGAUUGCUACUGGUGGGACUCUCUGUGCUGCCAUGAAUUUGCUCGAGAGGGUUGGAGCAGAAGUGGUUGAAUGUGCAUGCGUUAUCGAGUUACCAGAAUUAAAGGGAAGGGAGCGUUUAGAGGGAAAGCCACUGUGUGUGCUCGUUGAGUAUCGAUGA